GGUGUAGUCCCCCCUCACCAACGGUUAAUUACAGCCUGUGUGUACCUCCAGAGGGGGGAAAGUUAGAGUGCAUGCAGCGGUAUCACCAGCUCUGCCGAGGAGCUCCGAAUACGCUGGCGCCUGUUGCAGUAUUACAUGAACACGUUGCUCGUGACCGCACAUGAUAUCUCAAUUACGGGUUUCCGAAGUCUUUCACACGUUUAAAGUCUAGUCGUGCUUGCCUUCUCCCCAUAGUGGAUCAAUCCCGGAGAGCCUUCGCCUCCACGCACCGCGUGGGUUUUUAGCUUAGCUCCGCUAACUUAGCCAGCUGCUCUGCGGGACGUGCUGCUAACAAGCUAAUGCUGGAGAUCAGCAGCACAGAGCAGAAUGGCUCAUAUGAGGGGGCGGUGGCGAUCCUGGAUGCUGGGGCCCAGUAUGGCAAGGUGAUUGACAGACGGGUGCGGGAGAUGUGCGUACGCUCUGAGAUCCUCCCUUUGGAGACCCCGGCCUUCACCAUCAGAGAACAGGGCUACAGGGCAAUCAUCAUUUCAGGAGGUCCCGCUUCAGUGUAUGCAGAAGAUGCCCCCUGGUUCGACCCUGCCAUAUUCACUAUGGGAAAGCCUGUCCUUGGGAUUUGCUAUGGGAUGCAGAUGAUGAAUAAGGUUUUCGGUGGCACAGUACACAAAAAGAGUGUCAGGGAAGAUGGCGUGUUCAGCAUUGGACUGGACAACACUUGUUCUCUCUUCAGGGGCCUUCAGAAGGAGGAACUGGUCCUGCUCACCCACGGAGACAGUGUGGAAAAAGUGGCUGAUGGCUUUAAAGUGGUGGCCCAAUCCGGGAACAUCAUUGCCGGGAUUGCUAACGAACAGAAGAAACUGUAUGGGACACAGUUUCACCCUGAAGUUGACCUGACCGAGAGAGGCACUGAGAUGCUGCGGAACUUCCUGUUCGAGAUUGCAGGAUGCACCAGUACAUUUACUGUACAGAACCGCCAACAGGUCUGCAUCGACGACAUCAAAGAAAAAGUAAAGAAGUCUAAAGUGCUGGUGCUGCUGAGUGGCGGGGUAGACUCAACAGUUUGCACAGCUCUCCUGAACAAAGCGCUAAACCAGGACCAGGUGAUAGCCGUUCACAUCGACAACGGCUUCAUGAGGAAGAGAGAGAGUCAGAGUGUGGAGGAGGCCCUCACCAAGCUGGGCAUCAAACUCAAAGUGGUGAACGCAGCUCACACCUUCUACAACGGAACAACAAGUCUCCCCAUCUCUGAGGAGGACAGGACGCCACGAAAACGCAUCAGCAAGACUUUGAAUAUGACGACCAACCCAGAAGAGAAAAGGAAAAUCAUCGGGGAUACAUUUGUCAAAGUGGCAAAUGAAGUUAUAGGAGCGCUGAAUCUGAAGCCUGAAGAGGUUUUCCUGGCCCAGGGUACCUUGCGGCCCGAUCUCAUUGAGAGCGCCUCUCAUCUUGCCAGCGGCAAGGCGGAAGUCAUCAAAACGCAUCACAAUGACACUGAGCUCAUCCGCAAACUCCGAGAUGAGGGAAAAGUAAUCGAACCACUGAAAGAUUUCCAUAAAGAUGAGGUCAGAGCGCUGGGGAGAGAGCUGGGCCUGCCAGAGGAGAUUGUCUGCCGACACCCUUUCCCUGGUCCAGGUUUAGCCAUCAGAGUGAUUUGUGCAGAGGAGCCCUUCGUCUGUAAGGACUUUGCUGAAACAAACAACAUCCUUAAAAUCAUCACAGACUUCUCUGCAAGUGUCAAGAAGCCCCAUGUGUUGCUGCAGAGAGUCAAGUCGUGCAUAUCAGACGAGGAGGAAGAGAAGCUCCUGCAGAUCACCAGCCUUCAUGCACUCAAUGCCUUCCUGCUGCCCAUCAAAACGGUCGGCGUCCAGGGGGAUUGCCGGUCCUACAGUUACGUGUGCGGCAUCACAAGUAAAGAGUCGCCACACUGGGAAUCUCUCAUGUUCCUGACCAGACUCAUCCCUCGCCUGUGCCAUAGUAUCAAUAGAGUCGUGUAUGUCUUUGGCUCUCCAGUGAAAGAGCCGCCUACAGACAUUACCCCGACCUUCCUGACCACAGGCGUGCUGAGCACACUCAGACAGGCUGACUUUGUCGCUCACUCUAUCCUUAGAGAGUCUGGCUAUUCCAGUAAGAUCAGCCAGAUGCCGAUCAUCUUGACCCCCCUGCACUUUGACCGCGACUCUUUGCAAAAACAACCCUCCUGCCGGCGCUCUGUGGUGAUCCGCACCUUCAUCACCAAUGAUUUCAUGACCGGCAUCCCUGCCACGCCAGGAAACCACAUCCCAGAGGAGGUGGUGCUGAAGAUGGUAAAUGAGAUCAAGAAGAUCCCGGGCAUCUCCAGAGUCAUGUAUGACCUGACCUCCAAGCCACCUGCCACCACAGAGUGGGAAUAAAACACAGCAUGAUGUCAUACCGAUAGAACUCACACACACUCACACACACUCACACACAAUGCAUAAACACACUCAACAGAUCUCAGAGGACUGGUUAAUCCCCCCUCCCACCCCCUUUCCCCCGUCCCACCCCCUCCCUCUCUCUCUUCAACAUUCCCAUGGAAGGCAGACCUUACUGUGACGGGCGCACAUGCAAAGGCGCUUCUACUCUGCCCUCCCCACCGCUCCUCCCUGGUCUUAAUAUUUUUGGCGAUAGGGAUUGAUUAAUGUUGGUUAUUGAUAAUAUAUCGUCACUUGAUCUAUGUACAUCAAUGUGUUUCCUCUCUAUAAUGAAAAGGUCAAUUGCUGCUUCCUGUUUUUAAGGUCAACCAUGGAAGGCAAGUGGCAAGAGGUUGUGAGAAGCUCAGAAGGUGAACGUUGAUAUUAUGCCUCAGGUUGCAUUUAGGGACGAGCUGAACAUGAAAACUAGCAAACGAGUGUCACAAACUACAAGAGUUCCAGCAAUUGUUUUUUGUCGGAUAUGUUUUUAAUUCACAGUUGUGGGUCAGACAAUUCUCAACCUUAGACUAUCCUCCAUUUGUUCAUUUUCAGUUGCUGCCUGUAAACUGCUACGAAGAAGGUUGAUUGUUUUUAAGGUGAAAACCAAAACGGCAACCUAUGUGACCAAUCAAUAAUUUUUAAGCUUUCUGUCUUGCCAAAAGUAGAAGGCGUGGUGAUGUAUCACAUUGUGGGCUCCUCUUGACGAUCUUCUCCAGGUUACAUUAGUUGACAACAGCUCUUGACUUGUUGCUGUGCCACGGUGGCCAGCGGACAACCCGGGAUGAGCUUCAGUUUGGUGCCUGGUGUGCAGGGCGGUGAUACGAUGGGCGACUUUGUUUGUGCCUGUUCUGUUGUUUAUGUUUAUUUCUUGAUGUGACUCGACCUGGACUUCAAUGUUUCCGGAAACGAGGAUAUAACACUGUUUCUCUUCAUGCUGCAAUAUGUAUGCUUUUUAUGAAGAAUAAAUAUGAUGAGGAUUAACUAUUAGCAAAAUUAUAAGUACAGUAGAGUUCAUAACCAUUGUGUACAUUGCACUUGUCUUUGUAUCAUUAUUUGGCUGCUUUUUUGUGGUGCAGGGGCACAUUUUUGCACAUUUUGCCUUUUUUUAUUUUUCCACCCAUAAAGAAAGCAUUGGUGCAGAAUCUUGCAUCCAGUGGCAACUUCAGCUUAUUUAAGUGUGUUGCUGCGAGGAGUCAAAGGUCAGAUUGUCGGUCGCUAUCUCUUCACUUUAUCAAAAAGGCUUCGACUGCUUAAUUAAUUUCUGUUGUCAAAACAUUAAGCACAUCACAAUCUCGUCUCUUCACUUAGUCCUCAGUAAAUACAGAGUUCAGGUUUAACUGAGAUUUUAAAGUGUAUUGGAGCAAUUUCACUUGGUUCUCAUGACUCAGCGUUAUUCUUUGUGCCUCUCAUUCUCUGUUCUCUCCCUAACCUUAAAAAUACUCUAAUUGCAAAAUGAAAUGUUUUCCUAAAUUGUUUUAACUGCUAUUAGUCUCCCUCUGUUCUGCCUUUUAUACACGUGUUUUCUGUUGCAUAUGUCUCCAUAGAAAACGACAGCUUGAUAAUAUUGGACACACAAUUUCGUAUUUGGAUUUAUUUGCGACGUUGAUAAGAUUAAGUUUUGCAAUUUAAUGUCUGUUCUUUUUUUUGGAUGGGUUUGAUUUAUUUGUAUUCAACUGCGCUCAUUCUCCUUAGUAACGUGCCUCAAACCAAGCCACUGCAUGCAGGUUCAGCUAUGAUAACAUUUGUACAAUGGAAAACUGAGCUUUAAUAAAGAUCUCCAUGUUGAA